CGCGGCGGUAAACGGAGGUUCACCAACUUCGAAGACACCAAAAACCUCCGGAUUCGCAUCCAACUUUUCGAGUCCGCAGCUCUUUUCUCGACAUUCUACGCAAAACAAUGCUGUUCCUGGCUCAGUCGCGUGUGCAGUUGCAGUCCCUGCACCGGAACGCUGCCCUCUUCGCGGCUUCGCGGGGUGUCGCGGAUCUGGCAAUCACCCUCUCUGGAAAGCCCGUCAUCAGCUCCGGUACCGGCGGAAGAUCCUCGCGAACUGGUCGGGUAGCUACCGUCUUUGGCGCCAAUGGCUUCCUCGGCCGGUACCUCGUCUCCAAACUCGCCCGCCAGGGAACCGUCGUCAUGGUCCCCUACCGCGAGGAAAUGCGAAAGCGCUUCCUCAAAGUCACCGGCGACCUCGGCGUCGUCAACUUCAUCGAGUUCGACAUCCGCAACAUGGACUCCGUCGAGGAGGCCGUCAAAAAUUCCGACAUUGUCUUCAACCUCAUCGGCCGCAACUACGAGACCAAGCUCUUCAACUUCAACGACGUCAACGUCGAAACCACCCGCCGCAUCGCAGAGACCUGCGCAAAGUUCAACGUCGAGCGCUUCGUCCAGGUCUCCUCCCACGACGCCUCCCCGGAUUCCCCCUCCGCCUUCUUGCGCACAAAAUUCGAGGCCGAGCAAGUCGCCCGCGAGAUCUUCCCGCUCACCACCAUCGUCCGCCCGUCGCCAAUGGUCGGCCAGGAGGACAAGGUCGUCCGGAAGAUUAUCGCCUGGCCCAACAUCGUCGUCAACAACGGUGCCCAGGUCAUCCGCCCCGUGCACGUCAUGGACGUCGCCGCUGCUCUGAAAAAGAUCGCCUUCGACGACUCGACCGCCGGCAAGACCUUCGAGCUCUACGGCCCGGACGAGUACUCGCUCGACGACAUCCGCCGCCUCUGCGAGUACGAGGGUCUCAUCCGCUACUCGCAGAUCAGCGUCCCCAAGGCUCCUUACGCGUGGCUCACCGAUAAACUCAACAAGCUCAUCUGGUGGCCCAUCGGAUGCGCCGACGAGGUUGAGCGCAUGACCAUCGACCAGACCGUCGACAAGAGCGCGGCCACCUUUGCAGACAUCGGCAUGGCCCCCGCCAAGCUGCGAGAAUACCUCGGCGGGUACGUCCGACCAUGGCGUGGAAACCUGUUCCAGGACGUCGCGCCCGACUCUAUCCAGGAACGUAAGAGAGAGAGAGAGUUCAUCCACAUUACCCGUUAAGUCUUCAAAGCAGUAUGAGCUCCAAUGCAUGAUGGUGAUGGUCUUCAUUUUGUCUCUUUCCCGUGCUUUCGAUCACUCGCUCAUGACUCUGAGUGCUGUGUCUAAAUCCUAAGCUUUUCGCUCUUCUACUGUACUAGAAUCUUUUGUCGUUUGUUAUCUUUCUUAUUAAGUUGUAUUUUCGUAUGGUUGGGUUCUCACUACAAGGCGCCGCAGCAUUCUGCCAACUGGGCAAAGCAGUGCAUGUUUUGUUUUUAUAAUAUAAGAAAAAAAGAGAAUAAAUAUUAAUGCAUUGAACAUUCAUUAUAAAGAAACAAA